AUGUUUUCAGCAUUCAAAUUUUGUGCAAUAGACUAUUUAUAUGAGAACAUAGUUAGAAAGAAGUUUCACAGAGACACUUUAUUACUUCGAUUUCCUUCAUAUUUAUAUCAAGAUGAAAAUUUUCAUGCAGGAGUUACUGAUGAUAAAUUUCGGAAGCCAUGGACAAGAGUCUCAGUUGUUUCUGUUUGGGGAAUGACAGAUAACUCAGUUUUGGACCAGUGGAAAGCAAGUCUCUUCGUGGAGGAUUUCCUUGAAAAGAAAACAAUUACUGGAAUGAUGAUCCUGAUUAAUUGUGAAUUUGAGGAAAUUGUUCCAAGUUCAAACCCAAACUCCCAAACUGAAGUAGAAGAAGCCAGCUUAUACACCCAAAAGGACUAUAAUGAAGGCUUUACACUUGUCAGCUGUUUAGAAAAGUGUCCAGUAUUUCAAGCACAGAACCAAGAUUUGUCUAUUGAUGAAGAAAUAAUUUUUGCAUAUAAUUUGAUGGCCUAUAAAAGUCAGCUACCAACUUUGCAUACUCUCUUGAGUAGAUUAAAACUAUUUUUGGUAAAGGACCCCCUGUUAGAUUUCAAAGGACAAAUCUUCACGGAAGCUAAUUUUUUCAGGGAAUGUUUCUCUUACCAAGAGGAUUUGGAAGUUUAUGAGAAAGAAAAUUUUUGCAUGGAUAAAGAGAAAUUUUGUCAAGAGAAACUAGAGGAUACAGUAAGUUAAAAUGAAGUUCCACUUAUGCUUAUUGAGUGUGAAAUCUUAAUACCUACAAACAUCAAACAAGAAAUUGAUAUUCCAUCAUUCUCAGAACUGAAGACAUUAUUAAACUUAAAGCCAGAAAUAAUAAAUUAUGUAGAUGAAAAUGAAAAGCUUUUCAAAAGAGAUCUUACUUCCAAGCAUAUACUUGGCAUUGAGGACAUAAAAUGUAGAUCCACAGAAAUUGUGACCAUUGAAAGCCAGUGUGAAGCAGAGUGCAGUGAACCAGAGUUAGAAAUGCCAUUAACUCAUCUACACCUAACAAACCAACAUUCUUCAGAGGAUUCAUUAUGUUCAGGACUUCAGACAUUUCCAUUUUCUCCUGUUUGUAAAAUAAAUUUGCUUACAGCUGAAGAAUCAGCUAACAAAUACUGGAUGAUAUGGCAAUUAGAAAGUUGCAGAAGCUCUUUGAAACCAUUUUUGCUUGCAGUGCCAAGAACUCAAGAGCUUAACAGUCAUUAUUCAGUUACAGAUUUCAGAAAGAAGGUUUCUAUUGAAGAAGAAAGCCUUGUGAUUAAUCCAUUAACGGCAGAGUGUUGGAAACAAGCAGGACUAAACCCAAUAAUGACAGAAACUUUGGAACAUCUAAAUACAGAUUUGCGUCAUGAUGAUCUACCUUCUGAUGAUACUAAAAUGGAAAUAUUUUCACCUACAAAAGUGCUUCAAUUUGAAUCAUGGCUAGAACAUAAAAGUUGUUCUUCACCUAUUAUACUUAUGAAAGAAAAAUCUGCAAAUGAUAAUUUAUCGUUUCCACAAAAGAACCCAUCUAUGGCAAAAGAAGUACCAGAUCUGUGUUUACCUGAUAAAUGUGCUUCUAUUAAAAGACCAGCAGCAGAAGAAAAAACAAAGAAUGAUCCAGAACUCGUUCAUAGAAAAAUCCAAAAGAAAGAAAAUAAAGAUCACUUAGAACUUGACAUUAAAGAGCCGUCUAUUGAAUCAUGUUCUUCAAGAACUGAAAAAGCAUCUUUUGAACAUGGUAAAAAAACAGAAAAUGAUUUAGACCUCUUGAGUGACUUUAUUAUGCUACGAAAUAAAUAUAAAACUUGCACCUCAAAGACUGAAGUCACAAAUAGUGAUAAAAAAGAUGAUAUUGAGGAAUGUUCUUUGACUCUUCAAGAAAAAAGUCCUAAUGUUUGUACUGAUGAAACACUAGAGGAAACAAAUCAGGAAAGGGGAGAAGAUAAUGUUAUUGAAAUCCAAGCAUCAGAAAGCCAAUGCCAAGCAUACUGUCUCCUAGAAGCAGCCGCUACUCCUAUUUUAAAAAAACUUGUAUGCCUCUGUACUGUCCCUGCUGCCAACUGGAAAUUUGCCACUGUUAUCUUUGACCAAACAAGAUUCCUCUUAAAGGAACAAGAAAAAGUAAUAAGUGAUAUUAUUCACCAAGGCAUAAAUGAUGAAAGAGAAAUGACAUUCAAGCAUGCUGCUCUUUUACACCUUCUGGUAACAACUCGAGAUGUCCUUUUAACAUGUAGCUUGGACACAGCAUUGGCAUAUUUGUCACAUGCCAAAGAUGUCUACAAAACCAUUUUAGGCUCCUAUUUGGAUUACAUUUGGAGACAGCUGGAGAUUGUACAGUUUAUUAGGAAGAAAAAGCCUGAAACCAACUACAAGAUACAAGAAUUACAAUAUCAGAUACUCAGUUGGAUGCAAACUGAAAAGCUAAUUAAGGUGCUGAUUAUAAUAAGAAUGGAUUCAGAUGGUGAAAAAUGUUCACUAAUUAAAAUCCUUAACAAAAUGGAAGGUGUAACAUUGACUGUCUUGUAUUCGAAGGAAAGAAAAGAUUUCCUGGCAUCUAAAGGUGUUUUAAAUGGUACAUGUUCCUGCGUAAUUGUACACAAUCAAUAUAUUGGAGCAGAUUUCCCCUGGAGUAAUUUCUCAUUUGUGGUGGAAUACAAUUAUGUAGAAAACUCCUGUUGGACUAAGCACUGUGAAAAGUUGAAUAUUCCUUACAUGGCCUUUAAAGCAAUUCUUCCAGACAGGAUUUUAAAGAGAACCACCUUGCUGGAUAGUUUUGGUGGCUUUAUUUUGGAAAUUCAGAUUCCAUAUGUAUUUUUUGCAUCUGAAGGACUUCUUAACACUCCAGAAAUACUUCAACUACUAGAAUCCAAUUAUAAUAUCACACUAGUGGAGAGAUGCUGCAGUGAGUCAUUAAAACUCUUUGGAAAUACAGAGUGCUAUGUAGUGGUGACAAUUGAUGAACACACUGCCAUAAUUUUGCAGGACCUAGAAGAGUUGAAUUAUGAGAAGGCAUCUGACGAUAUCAUUAUGAGACUGAUGGCAUUAUCAUUCCAAUACAGCUAUUGUUGGAUAAUUUUAUAUACCAAGGAAACAUUGAAUUCAGAGUACCAUCUCACAGAAAAGACACUUCAUCACCUUGCGCUGAUUUAUGCAGCUUUGGUUUCAUUUGGGCUAAAAUCUGAAGAAUUGGAUGUAAAGAUUACAAUUGCACCAGGAGUAGAAGAGACUGCACUGAUAAUUCGACAAAUUGCUGACCACAUUUUAAUGACCUCAAAAAGAGAUCCUCAUGAAUGGUUGGAUAAAUCCUGGCUGGAAGUUUCACCAUCUAAGGAAGAAGUGUACUUACUUGAUUUUCCAUGUAUUAAUCCACUGGUGGCUCAGCUUAUGUUAAAUAAGGGACCUUCACUGCACUGGAUAUUAUUAGCAACUCUUUGUCAACUUCAGGAACUUCUACCUGAAGUUCCAGAAAAAGUGUUAAAGCAUUUUUGUGGUAUUACUUCCUUAUUCAAGAUCCAUUCUUCUUCCAUACCAAAAUCACCUCGAAUUUCAUCUCCUCAGGAAAACAGGAAUCAGACUAAUACCUUUAUUUCUCAGAGUUCAGCUUCUGGUUCUACAGACUGUGUCAUUCAAGAAAAUAAUGAAUGUUACCAAUUUUCAAACUUAGGAGAGACAGUGCAAGAAGGAACAAACACCACCUCGAAUUAUAAAUCUUCCCUUUUAGAACUAAGAGAAAUGCCAUGCACUUUACCACCUGUGACUGCUUACAAUCAAACCAGCUACUGGAAAGACUCCAGUUGUAACCCAAACAUUGUGCAGAGUAAUCCUUUUCUAAUUAAUAUGGAUUCAAGGAAAGUGGCUUGUAAUUCCUUUCUAAACCAGGAUGACUCAGAAUCAGAUGUCUUUUGUUUGGGUCUAACACAAAUGGAUAGUGAAACCAGAAUAUCACCAACUUAUACUCAAAAGAGAAUUGCCCCUAAUUUUAUAAAUUAUCAGAAAAAGGGAUCACACGAAGCAAAAAGAUUCAUAAAUGAAGAAGUAUCUGCCCCUAACUUUUCAUUAGAGAACUUUCAAUCUCCUCUUCAUUGGGAUUUUAAGAAAAAUGUAUUGAAACAACAGAAUCACUCAUUCAACUUACAAUAUGGUACAGAGCAGACUACAUCUGACAAAUGGUACUCUCAGGAAGAUAACUUAUUCACUCAUCAGCAGAAAUGUCAAUCAGAUGAGAUAGAAGGCUUCACAUAUGAAAGUUCAAAUGCUGGGACUAAAAAAACUUUCAGGAAAGAUAUUCCCAGUUUAAAUUUAUUUUGUGCUUCUGAUUCUAAUGUAAAUCAAAAAGAAUUCAACAGCCUUUAUUUCUGCCAAAGACCUGGAAAAUGUUUAAGACAGAAAAGGCAACUUGAAUCUUCAUCUAAUUCAGGAGACAAGGAAUCAUUUUCAGAUUUCACGUACUCACACCUACCAGAAUUCAAAAAACGACGUCUGGUAUAUGAAAACGUCCCUGGUAGAGUCGAUGGACAAACUCGUCUGAGAUUUUUUUGA